AUGGAGCGCUCUCUCCCCCUUCAGCUCUCGGAGAAGGAAAGCUCCCCUCCCCACCCCGACGACAACCGAUCUACUAAGAAAGUCAAGAUAAGACAGUCCCAACGCGAAGGAGAAGAUGACGUCGCGAUGAUCACUGAAGACCAUGGCCCUUCUGCCGGAGAAGAGAACUGCCUGACCAACGGGCCAGAUGAAACGACAAUGCUUGUUGAGCACGAACCAGCAGAAUCCAGUGAGCGAGGUGAGAAACCUUCCUUCCGAGACAAGUUGCUGAACAAGACACCGGACUCCACCCCUGAAGAUGAAUUCAUCCUUGAGGAAGGAGACGUAUACGUCGACAAGAAGGGGAUCUUCCCAGCCAUCGCCUUCUCACCACGAGUACAUAAGAUUCUUGACGAGAGCAUGCGGUACACUGUGGUACUCAAGCUCCUUGGUAGGCCUAUCGGUUACCAACGACUCCGUGACAAUCUGCUACGCUUGUGGAGAUUUGCCAACUACUUCAAGUUGUCUGACUUAGAGGGAGGUUGCUUUACAACAACCUUCACCAAUGCUGAAGAUUACCACAAGGCCCUCACCGACGGACCCUGGGUCAUCACAGGACACUACCUCACAGUCCACCCCUGGACACCGGAGUUCUCGCCACUUCACCACAGCAUCUCUCAGGUGGUAGCUUGGAUACGUAUCCCUGGUCUCCCCACUAAGUACUACAAAAAGAACAUCAUAAGGGCCAUCGGAGAAAUCCUCGGGCAGGUUAUAAGGAUAGAUUAUAACACAGUCUCUGGAGAACGAGGUAAGUUUGCCAGGAUGGCAAUCAUCUUGGACUUAUCCACCCCCCUGAUGUCGAAGAUCACGGUGGAUGGGAAAAGCCUAUUCGUAGAAUACGAGGGCCUACCCACGAUAUGUUACCACUGCGGAAGAUACGGGCAUCUCACUGACACUUGCCCUCAGAAAAACCAAGACCAGAUGACUGAGGAUACCGCUGCGAACCACCCAAAGACAAACCAAGUUCCGGUCAUGAGAUCUCCGGUGGCUGACGAAGUAGAAGAGACGAAUCCGUACGGCGCGUGGAUGCAAGUUCCAUCCUCACGACGUCGCCCAGCAAGAGAGAUGAAAAAGCAGCCUGACACAGGCUACCUUAAAAAUGUUAACACAGGGACGAGAUUUGACCUGCUAAGAGAAACGGAGGACUUACACAGAAACAACUCUGACUGCAUUGAGCCAACCACCGAAAACGUCAACUCCUUGCCAGUUUCAACAGACUCCCACCCUGAUACUCACCCCAGACUCCCCAAAGAAACUAAACCAAAAAAUGCAACCAUUUCUCCCAGGACUCAAAAAAAGCACACCUCGAACCCCUCCAAUGAAUCCCUUUUCACAAGCAAAGCCUAUAAGGAGUCAUCCUCGUCUACAGCGCUUGACAACUCCCGCCACACUGCUGUCACCAUCUUGAACCCUAAACCCCCUUCCAAAUCCCCAACCAACCCCAAGACUCUUGGCUCACCAGGACCCACGCCUAAAACAACCCACCACCCGGGAAAAAACAAGGAGAAUAUUCUACCUAAGCCGCCGGACAGAACCUCUCCCAAACUGGGCCUCAAAAUCCACCCAGGACUAUCAAUUGGAUCCCCCAAGCCCAAAUCCAAAGAAAACCCGCCCACCCUUGCAGAUACAGCACUUAAAGCGAUCACCAAAGCUUUAGGCGAUCAGCUCUCCGAUAAUGAACUCUCUGAUGAUUCAUUCAGUGACGACGAAUCCCAAAAACACUCCAACAUGGAGUGCUAA